AUGUCUCAGGAAGUGCUGCCCGUGGAGGUGCCAGAAACACUCUUUUAUAUGAAUCCAGGGAAAGCCAUGAUGCCAUCAAGUGCAAAAGCACUACAGGAUGAAGACUCAGACAUAGAUUCUUCGGAAGAUGGUGAACCGCAAGAAGAAAAUGAAGGAAGUACCGUACCAGACAAAGGUGAUUUCAAGAUAGAAUCCUCUCCCUGCUACCUACUGACUGUAAGGAUCAUCCGGAUGAGAAAUCUCCAGCGAGUUGACAUGUUAAGCGAGGCUGAUUGCUACGUGUCGUUGUGGCUGCCAACUGCAACAUGUGAAAGGUCCCGCACUAAAACUGUGAGAAACUCCAACAAUCCGGUGUGGAACGAAACCUUCUACUUCAGGAUCCAGAGUCAGGUCAAGAAUGUGCUGGAGCUGACAGUAUAUGAUGAGGAUUUUGCUACUCCAGAUGACCACCUUCUCUGUGCCCUCUUCGAUACCGCCAAACUUCCAAUUGAAAGAACUGUGCUCCUGUAUUUUAAGCCGAGCCCAAAGGCCAAGGAGGAGCUAGAGGUUGAAUUCAAAUUGGAGGCCGCUUCUGGUCCUCAUGAAGCCAUUGCUAGCAAUGGAGUCCUGGUGUGUCGUGAACUUUGCUGCUUGGAAGUUGAAGUGGCCGAGAAGAUGCAGCAAAAAUCAAAGAAAGAGCUUUCCCUCACUGUGAAGGGCUCCUUUGAGGGGACUCAGGAUAUCACGCUGGGCCCCGACGGAGUGGCCAGCCCAUCAGGUCCCACCAAGUUCCACUACAUCAAGUACGCGGAGCCAACGCUGGAUGUCAUGUUGCCAAAGAAGAGGCGCUACCACCCUUGGACCUGUAAGUACACUACAGAGACGGGCUCCCCAGUCGUGAUGCUGAAUUCUCUGCCCAUGGGAAGGAAAACAACCAUUGCAGAGGAGAAAAGAUUUGACUUGAAUGUGAGAGCACAAAGCUGUAAGUGUUCGUGCCACCAAGACCUGGACAUGCGCUUUGGGUUUGACUUAUGUUCAGAGGAGAUGGCUUUCCUGGGGAAAAGGAAGAGAUAUGUAGCAAGUGCCCUGAAAAGUGUUUUUCACCUACAACAGGAUCUGCAGGAUUAUGAAGUCCCCGUUGUGGCUAUCAUCACGACAGGUGGAGGACUGAAGUCAAUGACAGGACUAUACGGCAGCCUCAUGGGACUCAAGAAAUUAAAUCUCCUGGACUGUGUAACAUACAUCAGCGGGCUGUCCGGCACCACGUGGACCAUGGCCAAUUUAUACAGAGAUGCCUACUGGUCGCAGAAGGACCUAGACUCACAUAUUGGUGAAGCCCAGAAACAAGCAACCAAAUGCAAGAUGGGCUGUUUCUCUAUGGAUCGCAUGAAGUACUACAACAAGCAGCUUUGUCAGCGGAAAGAAGAGGGAUACAGGACAUCGUUUAUAGAUCUUUGGGGGCUCAUGAUUGAGUACUUACUGAAUGAUGGGAAAGACCCCCACAAACUUUCGGAGCAGCAAGAAGCACUGUGUGACGGCCAGAACCCACUGCCCAUCUAUGUGUCCGUCAGUGUCCGGGACAACUACAGCACCAAUGAUUUCAAAGAGUGGGUGGAGUUCACCCCCUACGAGGUGGGACUUCUGAAGUACGGCGCGUUCGUUCGCACAGAGCAUUUUGGAAGCGAGUUCUUCAUGGGGCGCUUGUUAAAAAAACUCCCCGAAUCCCGGAUCUGCUACCUUCAAGGUAUGUGGAGCAGUAUAUUUUCUGUGAACCUGUUACAAAUAUGGGGACUGUCCCACAGUUCAGAGGACUUCUGGAAGAGAUGGACACAAGACAGAAUAGAAGAAGUUGAUGAAGACCCGGUGUUGCCUACAAGACCCCACGAGCUGAGGACUCGCAUGUACACUCCUCCUGGUCCCCUCUCCAGUGCCCUUCGGGGAGCCUUGACUGACCGCUUCUCUGUGGCCCAGCACCACAAUUUCCUGAAGGGCUACCAGCUGCAUAACAACUACCUGGAGAACAAGCACUUCUGUCAGUGGAAAGACACUGUGUUAGACUCGCGUCCCAACCAGCUGAUGCAAAAUCCCAAUCACCUGGGCAUGAUAGACGCUGGAUUUUUCAUCAAUACCAGCAGUGCACCACUUUUAAGGCCACAGAGGGAAGUGGAUGUCAUCAUAUAUUUAAGUUAUACUACUGGAUCACAUACGUCGUCUCUAGAUAAGGCAUGCAAAUACUACUCAGAGCAGAAAAUCCCAUUCCCCAAAAUUUCUUUGACUGAUGAAGAUAAGAAAAAUCUGAAGGAGUGCUACAUCUUCCAAGAUUCAGAUUUGCCAGGAUGUCCGAUCGUGAUUUUUCUUCCCCUCGUGAAUGAUACCUUCCGAGAGUACAAAGCACCUGGUGUCAAGCGCUGUUGCUCUGAGAUGGAGGGAGGACAACUUGAUUUGACCAGUCGCUUUUCCCCCUACUGCAUGUUCUCGGUCAGGUAUACCGACGAGAAUUACCGCCGGCUGCUGAACCUCAGCGAAUACAACGUCCUCAACAACUCACAGAUGAUUAUGCAGGCCUUGCAGAUAGCGAUGCAAAGGAGAAGGCAAAACAUGUGCUAA